AUGGAGGGUCUUCCAUCAAGUGAUAGCUUCGAGGAUGCAGACGACGAGGAAGUUCUCCGGGACUUGGUAGAGAGCCCAGCGGACCUUCCUGCCCCGGCGAACAAUUCCGAAGAGACCCCAACGGACUUUCCGGCCCCUGCCUUGAACACUUCCAAAGAGAUCCCCACGGACUUCCCCGCCCCGGUUGUGGCCUGCAGCUCUUCCGCUUCGUCAUCAGGCUCCGCAGCCCCUGCCCCACCAGUUGAAUGCAUUGAGAUUCAAGAUGACGAGGAGAUCGUCACCCCGAAUCCCAAAAAAGCAUGGCACUCCGAGGAUGGUUCAGGGGAGAAGCUUGAGCGCUUGAAGAACCGCAUCUCAAUGCAGAAGAAGGCCACACCCGAUGUCCCAUCGAGCCUCGACCAGCCAUCAGCACCUUCCAUGGCUUCAGAUCCCAGUACGGUGGACACCCAAACCUAUGAUGCUGAUGCCGCAAUGCAAGUGCUUUGCAAGCCUGUGAUCAUUGCUGACGAUAAACCUGUGGACGAGCCCCGGGGCAGUCAAGUUGCUGCUCCGACCCCUGACGAUGACACAAGCACCAAGAAGCCCGAAGCCCCAAAGGAUGUGACAUCCAAGCCGAAGGCUGACCGUGCUAUGGAAGUCCGUUCAGGCAAGAAGCUGCCUCAGGCUCCCGCCGAAGUGGCCUCCGAGACUGCUGGUCUCAGCUUGUUGACCCCAGCUGGUGGCCUCUCAGAAUGCACGGGCAAUCCCGACAUGGCUGCACGUGCUUCGAUGUACGACAGCAAGGUAGCUGCUCCAUCGAAAGAGGCUCAGGAUGAGCAGCUGAAUGCCGUUCAGCUUGCUGAGAUCGAGGCGACCGAGAGCAAGAAAAAGGGCAAAGGAUACCAAAAAAAGCCAAAAUCCAAAGCGAAGGCAAAGGCCAAAGGCAAAGCAUCCAGCGCCCGGGCAUGCCCAGCAGAGGAGCAGGAUGACAAGGAGCAGGAUGACAAAAGCAAGGACGGUGAAGAGGAGCUGCAGGAGGAUGGUAAGAGCGAUGCCGCCAGGAUCCCGUGCCGCCAGAAGCGCGGCAGUACGGUCAAGGCGAAGCCUGAGCAGGAAGAUGCAAGACCAAAGAAAAAGGCCAAGCCAGCCAAGGCAUCUGCAAAGGCGCCAGAGGAAACGAAGGAGCCGGAGGAGACAAAGGAGCCGGAGGACACAAAGGAGCCGGAGGAGACAAAGGAGCCGGAGGAUCGAAAGGAAGGGGAGGAGGAACCGCAUGCAGCCCCAGCCGCCAAGCGCAAGCCCGGCCGGCCCAAGGCAAAAGCAUCGCCCAAAUCCAAGGCCAAGGACCCAGCUGGUCGGGAGCCCAAGGAUCCGAAAGCUUUGCAGGAUGAUCGCCGCAAGAAGCGGGCAGCGAACAAGGAGAAAAUGGAUUCGUAUGAGUUGGCCAAAUUCCGUUACACGAUGUAUGUGGUUUACUGGACCAAAAAUGGUGUGGGGCUAAAGCUGCGCAACGUGUACGAUGCCGGAAAGCAGGUGUUCUACAUUGCUGGGAGCCCAUCCAUGAAGGACAACCUGGAUUGCGCAUGCUUGGCCGCGCAAAUCAUCGAGGAGGCCCACGGUGAUAUGUCAGACUCGGUUGUGGAGAAGCUGAAUCAACUCAAGGAAACAAUGAGAGCCACUGGGGUUGCCAGGCUAGCCAUUACGGCAAUCCUACGGGGCAAGUUCGGAGACCUGCUCACCACCUGGGCAGUGUGCUGCUGUUCGUGGAUCAUCACGAGCCGCGGCUCCACCUGGAGAAGUGAGAUUCUCCCUAUGGGGAACCAGAACUACCCUCGAGUAAGGGAUGCGAACCUUCUUGCAAGCAGGCUCAGCCUGCUUCUCCUUUUGGUGAACGCAGUUCAGGGCACUUGGCUGGUCGAACAGCCUGGCAGCUCUCUUCUCUGGCAUCAUGAGUCCUUUGGCACCCCGCUGAUCAUCGUAGUGAACCACGACCUGGACUUGAAAGAUGCUUUCAAGAGCCUGUCCUACGAUGCCUUGUUUGCAGAUUCCUUGAUCCCUCCUGAUUUGGGCAACGAUGCCCAGCUUCCGCCUGACUACGUGGAUGAAACGCAGGUUGAUGGUCCGGGCAUCGAUCCAUACUUGGGUGCCGUUCAGGAGCUUUCGGACGAUGACGAUGAAGCUUUGGCAGGAAACCUCCGGCAGCUGUGCUUGGCCAAGGGUGAGGUUGAGCAGCGUCAGGAGACUCGUGCUGUUGCUAGCUUCAAUGACGGCUACAAUAAUGCCUUUCACGAACUCGAAAAGCGCCUGGACAAAUGUGCCGACACCGGCUCCACAUCCUCGGCGGGACAGGUGUCUGAACUGACUGCUAUGCUUCAGAAGCUGUCGCUACAGUUGCAAAAGCAGAGCGAAGUCAUGCAGAAUCAGGCUGAUCAGAUCCAAGAACUCAAGGCAAGCAAGGAAUCGGACACCACGGAGGCCCCAGCAGCAGCCGCCCCAGCAGCAGCCGCACCAGCAGCUGUUCCGGAGCCUCCAGCAGCGGAGGAUGCCCCCUCUUUCGAGGCUGCUAAGCAGAGACUCAGGCGGAUGUGUAAGCCCCGAAAGGAUGGAUCGGUGGAGGUGCCCCAGAAUGUGCUGGAAGAAUGGCACAAAAAGGGGACGGCCAGAACAGCUUUGAUUCGCCUGUUCAUGGAGAAGGGAUGUAAUAAGGACUGUUGA